AUGUCUACUUCCACCAAUUCACCUGCAAUUCUAAUGUUUAAUGGUGAAAAUUAUCAUAUUUGGGCCGUCAUGAUGAAAUUUGUUUUAAGAUCUCAAGGCUUAUGGAAUGUUGUAAUUUCUGAAGCUAAUCCACCACCAUUGAGAGAAAAUUCAACCAUUGCACAAAUCAAAGCUUAUGAGGAGGAGAAGUUGAAGAAAGAUAAAGUCAUCACUUGUCUACAUGCAGGACUUGCAGAUCAUAUUUUUACUAAAAUCAUGGACUUGGAAACACCUAAACAGGUGUGGGACAAGAUUCAAGAUGAAUUUGAAGGCAGUAGUAGAGUCAAAUCUGUUAGACUUCUCACAUUGAAGAGACAAUUUGAAUUGAUGAAGAUGGAGGAUAAUGAAUCUGUUAAAGAUUAUUUUGGCAGAUUAAUGGAUGUUGUGAACCAAAUGCGACUUCUUGGUGAAACAUCAUCUACAGAUCAAAAGGUUGUCGAGAAAAUCAUGGUUUCAAUGCCUGAAAGAUUUGAAGCCAAGAUUUCUGCAAUUGAAGAGUCUUUUGAUUUGCAAACUCUCACAAUUACUGAAUUGACCAGCAAGUUUCACGCACAAGAGCAAAGAGUCUCCAUUAGAAGUGAUGAAGCUGUUGAAGGUUCCUUUCGAGCAAAGCACAAUGGAAGGAAUUUUGGAAAGUCAUGA